AUGUCGAUGCAAAAUUUGAUCCACGAAAGCUCUAAGAUGCAUACAAUCCAGAGUCCUAACAAUACUUUCAACAGUGGGACCGACAAUAGUAGUAACGCCACGUCAGGCUCAUCCACUUCAAAUCUUUAUUUAACGGCAAAAGGAGAAGAACAAUCAAUUACCGACUCAGUCUAUUAUAACGAGUUUCAAAGGCAAAUUAUACCGGAAGAAGAUGACUUGAAAGAUGAUAUAAUCCAAACACACAUGCCAGAAUCAGCAGACCAUGAAAUGAGACGAAUUCGUGCACUACAGCCUAAUUUACAAGGUAAGCCUACGUCUGGAAAAUAUUCCCUGAAAGAUUUUCAGAUAUUGAGAACUCUGGGGACAGGAUCGUUUGGUAGAGUCCAUUUGAUAAGAUCUAAUCACAACGGUAGGUUCUAUGCUUUAAAAAUACUGAAAAAGCGACUAAUCGUGAAGUUAAAGCAAGUAGAACAUACUAAUGACGAAAGGCUUAUGCUAUCUCUUGUCUCACAUCCAUUCAUUGUUAGGAUGUGGGGGACUUUUCAAGAUUCGGUGCACUUAUAUAUGGUAAUGGACUAUGUUGAGGGUGGUGAGCUAUUUUCAUUAUUGAGGAAGUCGCAAAGAUUUCCAAAUCCUGUGGCCAAGUUUUAUGCAGCCGAAGUUUGCCUAUCAUUAGAAUAUCUCCAUAGCAAGGACAUUAUCUACAGGGACCUAAAACCUGAAAAUAUUUUGUUAGACAAAAAUGGCCAUAUAAAACUAACAGAUUUUGGAUUUGCCAAAUAUGUGCCGGAUGUUACAUAUACUUUAUGCGGUACCCCGGACUAUAUUGCACCGGAAGUUGUGAGCACAAAACCCUACAAUAAGUCUGUUGAUUGGUGGAGUUUUGGAAUACUAAUUUACGAAAUGUUAGCAGGACACACACCAUUUUAUGACUCCAAUACAGUUAAGACUUACGAAAAUAUCUUGAAUGCCAAAUUAAAGUUCCCCGCAUUUUUCCAUCCUGAUGUAAGGGACUUACUAAGCCAAUUAAUUACAAAAGAUCUGAGUAAUAGACUGGGGAAUUUACAGAAUGGUAGUGAAGACGUUAAGAGACACCCAUGGUUUAGUGAAGUUAUUUGGGACAAAUUAUUGAGUAAAAAUAUUGAAACGCCAUAUGAGCCUCCAAUUCAGCAGGGACAAGGUGAUACAUCCCAAUUUGAUAGAUAUCCUGAAGAGGAUGAAACUUAUGGUGUUGUAUGUGAGGAUCCAUACUCCAAUCUAUUCACAAAUUUCUAA